CCACCCCCACACGGAUCCCUGCCCCACAGAGAGGUUGUUCCUGCUUCAGAGGGCCGGGCAUGGGUGACUGGCGUCACACAAAGAGGCCAUAAGCGUGGACGGAGCCUCAGUGUGGGGAACACCUUCCAUCGGCACACAAAGGAAACGGAACAAGUUGAAGAGAGCUUCCUACUGGGAAGGAUUGCCGGAAGAGAAAUUGACAGUGCAGGCGUUGUCAUCCGGGUUACUGAGGUAGCGCCCUCUAACAGCAGCAUUUACGACGACGAUGAAGGAAGAUGGAAACUACCCCUUUCUCAUUUCACCUCCAAAAAACAAGGUGGCGAAAACAAGCACCACAACAAGAGCCUCAGGUCGUACUACAAGGCGCAGGACCGGCUGAUCGAGUCCUUCGAGGAGCUGCAGCUAGAGAUUGAUGAUGCUAUGCUUGAGUCUGACAUCAAGUUGCUCCAGAAGAAGGCACUGUUUUAUGCUCGACUGACAUUCGUUGUCAACUGUCUACUGUUGAUAGCGAAGGCUGUGGCCAGUACCCUGUCGGGCUCCAUUGCCAUUAUUUCCAGUCUAGUGGACAGCAUCGUCGACCUCGCUUCAGGCAUCAUUCUGUGGUGGGCAACCAAGGCUGUGAAGAAGAGAGAUCCCUACAUAUACCCACAAGGUCGCACGAAGCUUGAGCCUGUUGCCAUCAUAAUCCUCUCGGUAUUAAUGGCAGCUGCCUCCCUCCAACUGGUACGAGAGUCCAUACAGAAGAUCAUCUCUAUUGCCUCUGGGACGGCUGGACUUCCUGUAGUUGAUAUUCCUGUCUUUGCCAUUGCUGGAGGAACCAUUGGUGUUAAAUUUGUGCUGUGGUUGUUGUGCCGACGUAUCCCUUCACCAUCAGUACAGACUCUGGCACUUGAUCACAGGAACGAUGUGUGCUCCAACUUUGUGGCCAUAGCAUGCGGCUACGUGGGAUCGGCCGAGUUGAACAAACUGUCUGGAAUUUCGGGCCUGAGUUAUGUGGAUCCGGCUGGCGCCAUUCUCAUCAGCUUGUACAUUGUCUACAACUGGUGGCAGACUGGGGCAGAGCAAAUCCGACUUCUGACAGGCUACACGGCACAGCCCGAGUUUCUAAGCAAGUUGACAUGGAUCUGCAUGAAUCACCAUAAAAAAAUAUUGCACAUCGACACGGUGAGGGCAUUUCAUUUCGGCAACAAUUUCUUGGUCGAGGUUGACAUUGUGCUUCCAGAAGCGAUGUCAAUGAAAGAGGCUCAUGACAUAGGUGAGCCACUCCAGCUGAAGUUGGAGUCGUUGCCAGAAGUGGAGAGAGCAUUUGUACACUUGGACUAUGAAUAUACACACAACCCAAAAUCUGAGCACAAGAUCGUUUGACAUUUAGGGCUACCUAUGUGCCCCCCUUCAAGAUCAAAACUAGGCAAAGCAUUCACAUUCCGUUCAUUCAUGAAAAAAGGAAGAAACUACCAAUCCCUGCAGUUAUAGAAUAUAGAAAUGAAUGUCUCUCCGCUUGCCUGAAAAGAUCAUUUUGGAAGGUGCACCUUUCAACUG